ACCAUCAGUACCUCGGCGGCGUAUAAUACACUAUUAUAUAUAUAUAGUUCCCUGCGCAACAACGCGGUAUAGUUGAGUUGAGUUGAGGUUAGAAUCGAAUCGAGAGCAACGCGCAUAGUCUCCUGGCGUGUGCACUGUGUAGUGAAAUCACACACGUCCCGGUGCGAAUAAGUAGCAAGGCAUAAGUGGCGUCCAGUGCAGUUCGCAGUUCGAUCCCGUAGGGAUAGAAUGCACAAGCUGGAGAAACUCAACUCCUCGAUCGACAUUAUUCCACUGCAAAGCUCGAGCAUGAUGGAUAACAACGCCGCACGUCGUUCUAUCAAGCCGACACAGCCACAGCCGCGCGUCGACGAGGCUGCAGCCGCCGGUCGCAUCUUCCGGGACCCAAUGAUCAUCUCCAGGGUUAGAACGUACUUGUACGAAAAUGAAGAUAAGGUAUACAUUGAUGUAACUGAAAUGGCAGACUACCUUCAAAGGAAGUACCGUGACUAUCGGGGCAAAAAGCGUGGACCCUUUAGGGCUAUGGUACGCAGAGCUUACGAUGAAAUUACAGAGAACCUGACUAGGCAAGCCGAUACACACUGGAAUGAUGAUGAGGAUGAAAUAGACAUUGAGUCUGACUCACAGGUAGAUGCUAUGCCAUCUGAAUAUCUAGCAACAUACAAGAGACCAUCUACAGGUCGACAGAAUGGCAAUUCAAGUGAUAAGGAACUGAUAGACAUAAGUUCAGAUGAUGAACAGACAUCUAAGACAACCUUCCCUACAACAGCCUCAAGCACGUCAUACAGACUCGACAGAGAGAGCAUGGAAGCUGAGCCAAUGCAAGUGAGCAAAAGACCACAUCUUUGCUCCAGCAUCGAACCCGUCUCCAGAACAACAGUCGUUCAGCAGACUCAACAGUCUCACGAGAUGCCAAUGGAUGUACAAAAAAGUAGCAAUCGUACUGAAAAGUCAAGAAAGAGGCCUCGUGAAAAAGACAAUGCAAGUCCAUUUGACGUUCUCAAUAAUAAGAAGAAGCCUAGAGACAUGCCUGUUGUCAAUCCGACCGUCAAGUUUUCCGAUGUCGGCGGCAACACUAAAGUUUUGGAGACUGUUGCUAAUCUUCUGGUACACAUGAAGCAUCCAGAGGUGUACACGAAACUUGGAAUUUCGCCGCCUAGGGGCUUUUUAUUACAUGGGCCGCCUGGAUGCGGUAAAACGCUACUUGCACACGCGAUUGCAGGAGAACUGCAAAUGCCGCUGCUUAAGGUAGCAGCUCCAGAGCUUGUAGCUGGCGUUUCUGGAGAAAGUGAGCAAAGAAUACGGGAACUCUUUGAUCAAGCUAUUGCUAUUGCACCUUGCAUUUUGUUCUUGGACGAGAUUGAUGCCGUAGCACCACAUAGAGCAAACGCUCAAAGAGAAAUGGAGAGAAGAAUUGUUGCUCAAUUAUUGUCGUGUUUAGACGAAUUGGGUAGCAAAACCAAUGGAAACAAAGUCUUGGUUUUGGGAGCGACAAAUAGGCCCGAUUCGCUGGAUCCAGCUUUACGCCGAGCUGGUAGAUUCGACAGAGAGGUUUCUCUCGGUAUUCCUGAUAAGGACGCAAGAACAGCUAUUCUUAAAGUUCACACAGCCAAUGUUACACUAUCAAAUGAAGUCAGUCUGGAAAAUAUUGCCUCUCUUACUCCUGGUUUUGUAGGUGCCGAUCUAGUUGCACUCAUCAGGGAAGCUGCAAUGGCUGCCGUAAAUAGGACUUUCGACGAUUUAAAGAAAAGUGCUGCUGUUAAGGUGAAUCCAGUUGAGCCAUCUCCUAACGAAGUUAGCGUUGCCGAAAUUGAAAUUGAAGAGGAAAAACCAGUUUUGACAGAGGUGCCACAGGAACCAAAGGUACCUGAGGUUGCAGAUGUUAUUGUAGAAGAAGAAACUCCAUCGAAUACUGAUACUGCUACUGAAGCAAAGAGUGUAAAUCAAACAGAAGAUAUUUUAGAAGAACAAUCCAAGAGUAUUACUGAAGAAGUAGAGACCCAAGAAAAAACAGAAGAGAAACCAGAGAGCUCAGAGCCAGAAAACGUCCCGGAUCGACCACCGGUGCCACCGACUCCAGCGCCAACUGCACCUAUAGAAGGUCCUCAGCCCGAGCCAGCUGCUUCGACUCCGCCAGAUAUUACGGAUGUACCGAUAUCUUCGGCGUCGAAUUUGCCUUGUACGGUUUCUACCACAGAAGCCGUUCCUGUGUCAACAGAAGUUAAGACAGAAGAUGAGCCCGAGAUGAAUAUGCAGAUAGUGGAAGAGCCCGGAAAGAAACUAAUGGAUAUCCUUAGUUGGUUGCAUAACGAGCCACCUCUGACGACUGAGCAGCUGGCCCUGCUCUGUGUCGAGGAGCAGGACUUCGAUGUGGCUCUUAAGAGCGUACAGCCGUCGGCUAAAAGAGAAGGAUUCGCCACUGUGCCUGAUGUUACAUGGGACGAUAUAGGUUCACUUCAAGAUAUUAGGCAAGAAUUGCAAAUGACAAUUCUGGCACCCAUCAGACAUUCUGAACAAUUUGCCAGUCUUGGCUUAACAACGCCAACUGGUGUAUUGCUUUGUGGACCACCAGGUUGUGGAAAAACAUUAUUGGCUAAAGCUAUCGCUAAUGAAGCUGGUAUAAACUUUAUUUCUGUGAAAGGUCCAGAACUUCUAAAUAUGUAUGUAGGUGAGAGCGAGAAAGCCGUGCGGCAAUGCUUCAUGCGAGCACGGAAUUCAGCACCAUGUGUCAUAUUCUUCGACGAAUUGGAUGCGCUCUGCCCUAAACGUUCAGAAGGCGACAGCUCGGCUACAUCGCGCGUCGUUAACCAGAUGCUAACAGAGAUGGACGGUGUCGAAGGCAGGAAAGACGUAUUCCUUAUGGCAGCUAGUAAUCGACCUGAUAUCAUUGAUCCCGCGGUUCUGAGGCCCGGUAGACUCGACAAAAUUUUAUACGUUGGACUGCCUUGUGCUUCAGACAGAGUGGAUAUUCUCAGAGCCCUUACAAAGAAUGGUACCAGACCAAAGUUAGCUGCAGAUGUAAGUUUAGAAGAUGUGGGUAGAAGCGAUAGGUGUGAGGGCUACACAGGAGCCGAUCUUGCAGCCUUCGUCAGAGAGGCUGGUGUUGAAGCUUUAAGAGAGAUCAUGAGCGGUUUGCCGGGAUCUGCUGAGAUUUGCGCUCGACAUCUUGCCGCAGCGUUCGACAAAAUUAGACCUUCUGUAUCGGAGAAGGACAUGCGACAUUAUGAAGUACUAAAAAAACUAUAUUCAGUAAAGAAAAGUCUAAACACAGAUGUACCAAUGAUUCUGGAGUCGCCAAUAGAUACAACAAUGGAGGCCAUGGAAACCUGAGCACCAUGACCUCAUUUCUUUUUUCAAGUUUAUACAUGUACAUGCAGCAUAAGAACUCAACUUUGUGUUUUCCAUCUUAAGAUUCAUAAAAUUAAUGAUUUAGCUUUAGGAGACAAAAGUAUUUUUUUAUUCAGAUCAUUCACACGAUUAAUGGAAUGUAGAAAAUAUAUUUAGUUUUUAAAAUCACUUUAAUUGUUCACGAUGUUCAUGAUUUUUGUUUCGUUUUGAUGACAUUUUUUGUUUCGUCUCGAUGAGCGUUACAAUGACGCCGAGACUUUGUACGUAAAAAGAUGCAGAUAUAAGUAAAUAAAACCAAUUUCAGAACAACAAAA